AUGUUGGCUGCAAGAGCUCUUGGGCGCCGCGCCGCCGCGUACGUUCGCCCUUCCCGACAUACUCCAAAUCGGUCAUUGUCGACCUCCACCGACCCGUCCUCCUCAUCAUCCUCCUCGUCGUUCAGCUGGUCGUCCGCUUUCCGCUACCUACGCAACAUCUCCACCAUCUCUACGCUCGCGGUGACUUCCUACACCGUCGGCUCGCUGUACCCGCCCACACUUGCGACAUACGUAUCUCCGCGGACCGCACCGCCCCCACCACACCCCGAGGACCCGUCAUACAUCGCGUACGCCUCCGCACUCGAGGAUACUCUGCAGAACCUGCCCAAAUUGAAUGACCUGCGCACGCGCGAGGAUGCGGACGAGUGGUACGAGACGCGGCCAUACGUGAACGUCCCCGAGGAGCGCCGCGUGAACAGCCUCACCGCAGGCGCGCUCUGGGGGCCGGGCAAGUUCGCGCUGCCGCCGCUGGUACGUUGCCGGAAGGACAACAGAGAGAGCUGGAACUUCGUCCACGUCGGCAGGGGCGUGUGUGGGCAUGAGGGGAUCGUACAUGGCGGGCUUCUGGCGACGCUGCUCGAUGAGGGUCUCGGUCGGAUGGCGUUGUUGAACCUGCCGGAGAAGAUGGGCGUGACGGCGUAUCUCAAUCUCUCAUAUCGCGCGCCUACACGGGCAGACCAGUUUGUCGUGGUUAAGACACAUCUGAUUGAAGCCAAGGGGCGCAAGUCCAAGGUCCGAGGCAGGAUCGAAGACAUGGACGGCAACGUCCUCGUCGAAGCAGAGGCGCUCUUCAUCCAACCCAAGUACGCAAAGAUUCUCAACACGCAGCAGAUGCGCGAUAUGCUCAGCGAGCCAAGCGACUCGCCGAAUACGCUCACGGAGGCCACGGUCGCGCCCGUAGCCGUUGCGCUCUCCACCGCGCGGCCGGAGGCACAGGCUUAG